AUGCUGAAACUCAAACUUCAUCAGCUUCCUGUUCGCUAUAAUCGCCCAGGAAAGAGAUUUGCUUCAAAGUUUUUUAUUUAUAAUUGCAGAUCUUUUUCCAGCUCUCAAAGCUUUUUCCAAAAAGAAACUCCAGAACAGGACGAAAGACAGCCCAAAGAUACCGAAAAUUAUGACAAUGAAUCAUCUUUAGUCCACGAAUCUUCUCAAUCAACUCCUUCUUUUAAAAAGGAACCUGCUAGUAGCGAUGUUUAUCACUCUGAAAACUCUAAAACUGCACCCGCUGAACAAGGCUCUAAGGGUUAUGUCCCACGAUUGACUUAUGAACGUGUGGCUUACGAAUACCCACCCUCUCCCUCAGUUAAUUCUGCUGGUGAGGAGCGCGACGGUGGUGGUAAAAUCAAGCUUCCCAAACCCGAGGAAAGCAGCCCUUGGAAACGCCAUUUCCCCUAUAUUGCUGCUGCUGCCGGUGUUUUGUGGGCUCUUUAUGCCUAUAAAUACUUUGUUAGCGGUGAAAAGACUGGCGACACUCAAGCUUUGGAACCUGAUAAAUUUACAACGUUCAAAAUCACUUACAAGGAAGACGUUGCCCCUGAUGUACAGCUGAUUGAGCUUUCACCUAGAAACUACGAAGAGUACCGUAAGGUUCUCAAGGCUAAGGAGUCUCUUUGGAACGGAAAGAAUCUUUGGAGCAUUGAUGUUAAGCAGCCCGAGAUUCAAGUUGUCCGAAAGUAUACCCCACUUCCUCUUUACUUUAUGCAGGGUGGUCUCAGUAGUUCCAGCGAUGAUCCAAGCAAGAAACAACCUGCUCUUUUGAAAAUGAUUGGCAAGGAUGAGGAUGAAGGUCGAUUUGUUUUACUUGUUAAGAAGUACAAUGAUGGUGAGGUUAGUCGAUGGCUUCACAAGUUACCUAUUGGAACCCUUGUUGAUAUUAGAGGCCCCUAUGUUAGUUACCGAUUCCCAUUUUCUCCUAUUGAUAAAGAAAUGCCACCCCGUCCUCCUAUGGAGGAUUUGCCUAGUCGUAUGAUUCCUGAAGACUUCCCCGAUGAAUAUGCAGUUUCUGUCAAAACCAAAACCAAAAGCGAAAAACCUGAAGAAACACAGAAUAAAGCAGGUUUCUGGAACAAGAUUGUUGGCGGAUCCAAGAAUUUGGAAGAAAAUAAAAAGCAAGUAUUUGUUUCGCCUUCUGGAAAACAGACCCCUCUUCCAGAAAAUAUUGCAUUUUUUGCUGGAGGUACUGGUAUUGCGCCAAUUUUGCAGUCUUUAUUGUCGCAGAAUCCUCCCCGAGGAUUUGUUGACGUUUAUUACAGUGUUAGAAGCAGAAACGAGGUUCCAUUUUCUCGGUUUUUACUUUUCUUGGAAAAGGCAGGUCGUGCUAAGUUCCACAUUUUCGUUGAUGAUGAAAAUAAGUUUUUGACUGAGGCGGAUGUUCCCACACCAUCCCCUUUACAAUACACAGGCUAUACUAACGAGAAGUUAAAGGCUGAAAUGGACCGACAAAAGAAGCUAGAGGAAACCAUUGCCGAGGUAAAACGUGAACGACAGCAAUCUAAAGAGUUUAAGGAAUCUCAAACUAUUGAGGAACCAGUUUCCAAAGAAAUUGUAGAAACUAUGAAACCAGUUGUUUCUUUACCGGAAUCUCCGGUUACAUCUAAUGGUAACACACUUGACACUAAUGAGGAUGUAUCUGAAACGGUUGAACGUCCGAUUGUCGAAAAUCCUCGAAUCAAAUAUCGCUCCAUUUUGGAUCAAGUUGUUGAUCGUAAGGUUACUGGCCGCGAUGCCCAACUUUAUCAACAAGGCCCAUCUUUGGCUAUCGUUUGUGGGCCUCCCGGAUAUGUCACUUAUAUGGCUGGCCGCAGAGACGCCAGAGGAACUUCUCCUAUAACAGGAAUUUUGGGACAAAAAGGCUGGGACAUUACUAAUACUUUUAGAAUGGAGUAA